AUGAAAAAGCUUUUGCGUCGUUUCAGCACUAUCUUCAGUCCUGUCACUAUAGCCCGUUCCCGGCUAUAGAUGGGGCUAUGCCCGAUCUUUGCCGGGAAACUCGGGGUUUUGUCUGCGUCAAUUCGAGGUGACAAGUCAACUCCCCGAGUUGGCAAAUCACUAUAUGGUGGCUAUUUGCCGGUAAACUCAGGGAGUUGACUCGUCACCCAAAAUUGGCGCAAACAACUCCUCGAGUGUCCCGGCAAAGAUUGGGCAUAGCCCCAUCUAUAACCGGAACAGGCUAUAUAAACUAUCACGAGCUAAUUACAGGACAAAAUCUUUUCAGAAAAAUUGAAGAUGGAUAUAGUGAAGAUGGUUUACUCCACCCCCUGUGAGUGAAAAAAAAAUUUGUUCGCUCAUAAAUUAUUUUUCGGAAUUUAAAAAAUCCGAAAAAUAUUAUUUUAACUCAAAUAUUAAUUUAAUUUACAAAGUUCUGUUUAAAAAUGUUCGCUAUUUAAAAUUAAAAAAAAAAAUUCACUAGGGAUUUCAUUAUAUUAAUUAUCACUUAUAUAUCAAAAUACUUUAUCAUAAAAAAUUCUAUAUUAAAAAAAUGCUUGUUUGCUCACUGAGGUGGUACUAAAAUAGAGAUUUUUCUAAUGGUUUUGUUUGCUCACAGAGGGGGGACUUUAGGACUUAUUGCUAUUGUUCAAAUUCCAUGAUAUCAAGAAAAGCGAAUGGCUGCUCUUUCAUAUGGAAGAUUACUGUAUAACCUCCCAGCAAGCGAGAAAUCUAAAAUUUUAAGGCCGGAAAUAAACUACUUUUACGGUUGAAGAGAAGGAAAAGAACCUAUUUUAGGAAAAAAGAAUGAUUUUAAAAACUGCUAUCAAGGAUUGUUAGAGCAUGAUUAA